GAGAGAGAGAAGCAGAGGAGGUCCCUCGAGAAAAGGACUCGAAUAAUAAAAGCUCAUAAACAACUCCGCCCUCGGGACCGAGACCGAGACCGAGACGCGAAGAAGAGGGAGAUCGCCCGCUGCACAACGCCCGCCCACGCCGCCGUCCCCUCUCCCUCUCCGCCUCCGUCCGUCCAACCACAGCCCGCUCUCCCGGCGCCGGCGGCACCUCAUGGCGUCGCUCUCCCUCUCCCUCCGCGCCUCCGCCUCCCCGGCCGCCUCCGGAUCCCGCGCCGCCGCCCCAAUCAAGGCAUCGUGCGUGAGGAGCAAGGUUGCCUGCAGCUUCCCUUCCGUCGGAGCUACCUCCUCACCUGCUAGAAGCAUUGAGCCGGUAAGAGCCACCGCCACACAGGCGCCCCCUGCCUCCUCUCAAUCUUCUAGUGGGGAGAAGACAAAGGUCGGCAUCAAUGGUUUUGGGCGGAUUGGGAGGUUAGUUCUGCGAAUUGCAAUCGAUAGAGAUGAUAUUGAAGUUGUGGCCGUCAAUGAUCCGUUUAUCGAUGCUAAAUACAUGGCCUACAUGUUUAAGUAUGAUUCCACACACGGUCCAUUCAAAGGAACCAUAGCAGUUCUGGACGAGUCAACCUUGGAGAUUAAUGGGAAGAAAGUCUCAGUUACAAGCAAAAGGGACCCCUCAGAUAUCCCUUGGGGUAACUUUGGAGCUGAAUAUGUUGUUGAAUCAUCUGGUGUUUUUACAACAGUUGAGAAAGCUUCAGCACAUUUGAAGGGGGGUGCAAAGAAAGUGGUGAUAUCGGCUCCGUCAGCGGAUGCUCCCAUGUUUGUUGUUGGAGUAAAUGAGAAGAAUUACAACCCUAGCAUGGAUGUCGUCUCUAAUGCUAGUUGUACCACCAACUGUCUUGCUCCUGUUGCCAAGGUUGUCCACGAGGAGUUUGGCAUUCUUGAAGGCCUAAUGACAACUGUCCAUGCCACAACAGCCACUCAAAAGACUGUUGAUGGUCCUUCGAUGAAGGACUGGAGGGGAGGACGUGGUGCUGGUCAAAACAUCAUCCCUAGCUCUACGGGUGCAGCAAAGGCUGUUGGAAAGGUCCUUCCAGCUUUAAAUGGAAAGCUCACUGGCAUGGCCUUCCGGGUUCCUACACCUAACGUAUCCGUUGUUGAUCUGACCUGCCGACUUGAGAAAGACGCUUCCUACGAAGAUGUGAAAGCAGCUAUCAAGGAAGCAUCAGAAGGUCCGCUUAAAGGUAUUUUAGGCUACACAGAUGAGGAUGUUGUUUCAAACGACUUUGUUGGUGACACAAGGUCAAGCAUAUUUGAUGCCAAUGCUGGUAUGGGUCUAAGUUCAUCUUUCAUGAAGCUCGUCUCCUGGUACGACAACGAGUGGGGCUAUAGCAACCGUGUCCUGGAUCUGAUCGGGCACAUGGUUCUUGUCGCCUAACGAUGAUGCCACAAUAUGAUUUAGCACAGAAGGUCUCCUCGCGUAGUGUAGGAAGUGAAGGCUGCAAUUUUGAUGGCCAUUUUCGUAUCCUGGAAUAAUAAUAAUUCUGUACGAUGAAAACAAUCAAAUCAAUCGGCGUCGACUUGAAGCUGCAGAACGAUCAUGAUGGUCUGUAAAACCCCAUAAUUGAACUGUUGUGGGUGGACAAUAAACCCAAUCUCCGACUCGUCGUCGAGUCAUAGUGCUGUUACUUUGGCCCUGUGGUGGCAUCCGUGUUUUGUUUCCACCUUCAGAGAAGAUAGGAAUUGAUGAUGAUGAUGAUGACUUUUGUUUGCAGUCUAAAGUUUUUGCAACAAUGUUGUGUUGCGCUUCUUGA